UGUGCUGAGGGACAUAGUUUAGUGAGAACUAUUGGUGAUGGGUGGAUGGUUGGACUGGAUGAUCUUGUAGGUCUUCUCCAACUUUGGUGAUUCUAUGAGUCUAUAAUUUUGUGGAAGCAUACAACCUGCGAGAAAGCCCUGUCUCCCCCAGUUUUUGCCAGUUGUGGCAGUGAUGUUGACCAGGCUCCCUUUCCUUUUUCUAGUUUUUUCUUGUUGGUUUUUUAGUCUUUUGUGCAUGUUACAGGUGGUGACCAAAUAGGAAGUUUUGUUGAUACUCAGGUGUAAAGUCCACACAAAAAGGAAGUAGAAACUGGAUGUGUUCAUUAUAACCCUGUGCUAAGAGGGCAGACAAUAUUGCUACUGACUGUUUAACCAUAGUGUUCUAAGGUAUGAGGGUUUUAUUUGCAAUACUUCAGCAACAUCACCUGGAAAAAGAGGGAAGCUUUUACUAGAGCAACGAAAAGGAAUGAAGAUGAUGUUCUGUAGAACAGCUGAAAUAUCAGGAGUGGUGAGUCUUGGAGAACAGAUUCCUUGUGAUUUCUAAUCAAACGGUUUCAUCUUUUAACAAAGUGGAAUGGGACACAAUAAAAAAAACUCUCUAGCAUUCCAAAUGAUCUAAAAAAUUGAGGUUUAAGAUUUCAAGGUAUAUAGAACACAGCAUGAACCCUUUCUGGAUCAACUGUGUAUACUUUAGUCACAGUACUUUCAGAAAUUCUUUGUACUUUUUGACUUGAUGCUUAUUUUUUUUUCUUAUCCACUUAAUCUGUAACUGUGGCAGUGCUUGUGCUCGUUGGUUUUGAUCCUGCCGUGCCGGUUACUGAUUCUCAGGUAGACUGCACAGGAGAGGUAAGAAGUGAAGUGAACUUCUGUUACAAUGGUGUUUUGUCCAGAUUUAAAUGUAGACAAGUAUUACUGUAUCUUGUGAACAACUUGAUUUAUUCUUUAUAAAAUAGUCUACAUUGAAUCUGUAUUUUAUUGCCCUUACUACAUUUCUUUUUUUUCUUGUGGGGAAGAGAUAUUUGGAGGAGGAACAACCACUUCUUUGAUAUCUUAAUACUAAUUCUUGCUUGGAUGGAAAUAAAAAUGGAGGUACUUGUUUAUAGAGUUAGAAAAAGCUGGCACCAUGUUAGAGCUGGACUAGUCUAACCUCCAUCUGUUCAUGGUUCUUCCAAGAAAAACAAAGUAGCUAUAAAGACUGUUGUUAAUGAAAGCUGCAGCCUUAUGCUCCUUUUUGUUAAAGGUGUUUCUUCGCAAGGAAUGGGUUUUAUUUGUAAGUACAUAUUCAUGCUGUGAAUGUACGUGACGGAAUGUCUUUCAUUAAAGUAGUGGUGUACCACUGAACAUCAGAUAAGUGAAAUGCUCUAGGGUUGUCUGGUGUUUUCUGGAGGAAGGGGAGGCUUUCUGGUCAGAGUAACACACCUCGUAUUUUUUAGCACAACUGAAGCUGAGAGUUCUUAUCAUGACUACAGAUAUAUUUGUAGUAUGUGUAUACACUUUGCUAGUUGAUAAUUACAGUUUUCUGAGGGCUUUGUGUGUAAGCCUGUGUGGUUUCAGCGCUACAUAAAAUGUUACAAUAUCAUCAUGUUUUAAACAGCGUGCGGAAACAACAGUUGUUUCUAUUUUUCCUCCUUUAAGCUCAGCACCUGUAGGCUUUCUACGUUGGGAUGCCAGUAACACAGGCAGCUGAAUCAGUGCAUCUGUGAUAUGCAUGAUCUGUUGUUUGGUUUGGGUCUAGGUCUGUUUGAGUCUGUUGAUGUAUUACUGCACAAGGAGAUGUCAGGUUUGAUUUGUUGGUUUGGAACAAGACUAAUCCCCCUGACCCCAAUUCCUGAAUUUCUUUUGUGCAAGUGAGAUCUAGUUUCAGUUCUUUAUUGUGUGCAGAAAGUGACCGUGUGUCUUAAGAAUAGCCAGGAUGUGUUUAGCAGCAAGGUACUCUAAAAAUAUUGUAGAAGCUUCUGCUGGAGAUGCUUCAUGAUCCAUAUGUAAGCAUAAACGUGAAUUCUGUGGAGUACCAGAGUUUGCAAAUGGAACAACACUGCACAGGCUCCCUGGAAGUAAUGGCCACUGGUUCUAGGCAGUGCACAAAGCAUGAGAGUGUGGAGAUCGUAAGAGUGCACUUGUACCGCAAGCAGCUCACCUCCAGAAGAUUCUGGCUGCAGUGCUGCGAAGAAACUUUUUCAAGAAAGCUUUUAGGAAAGAACAGCACACAAGGGUGAGGUGUUCUUUGCAGCUCAUGGCGCUAAGAAGAUUAGUGAGGUUGCAUAGAGUAUAUGCUAUACACCAUUUUUAUGAGCAAAUAUACAUAGGUAUAUUUAGAUUUAUUUUAUGUAAACUCCCUCACCCCCUAAAAUCCCAGCAAUGCACGAUCUCAUGCUUACAGCUCAAUUCAGCUUUUGUAGAAAAGUGUGAACUGGCAGACAUUCUUGUUACCAAUGCAUGGAAAAAAAAAUUGCAUCUACAAAAGUGAUGGGAUACACCGUGAGCUUCAGUCCUUGUUACUGUAAUCCAUACCCAUUUCAGUGCUUUGAUUUAGUUUUGGUGGUUGGAGGUGGGAGUGGCAAAAUUCUUUUGCCUUACAACAUCUUUUAAGAGAAGCUUAUAUCAUGAUUUAAAGGGGAAUUAUCAUUGAAACUGGAGGAAAGAAACCUUUUUUCUGGAACACUUGCUUGAGGUUUUGGGCACAGUACUCAUCUUCACAUGUGAAUGAGCUCUUGGCAAAUAUUUUCUUUGUCCUUUUGUCUUCUUAGGCUUCAGAGCUCUUCUUGGAGGUGGGGACUGUCCAUGAGCAAUGUGGCCUAGCUGGACCUUCUAAUUCUGUAAAUUACACAUGCGUGAUUAUUAGCUUGUUUUGAGAUUCUGAUUCCCAGUCAGAGUUUCCAAGUACGAAAAGAGCAAUCUCUGAGAUGCUUCAGUGCAUUGUUAGUUAGAAACCAGCACUAUCAACUGUGUUGUAUAGCAGUAAAACAUAGAAAAAGAGCCUUUGUGGUUAUACUUUGUCUUUAAAUGUUAUCACACAGCCUCUUUUCAAACAAAGCAAAAAUAGAAAAUGCUUGGUUUUGUUUUUGCAGGGUCUGGCAGAAGUUGAGCUUCCUCUUUUGUGCUGGUUGCAGCCACGUGCCUGCAGAGGUCACCUGGCGGAAGUAAUUCUGAUGCAUGGUUAUUCACAUUUUCACAGGGCUGCCUUACCUAGCAGAUGAAGUAUUCAGUAAGAAGAUGGCUGCAGAGGAACAGGUCUGGCCGGUCCCAAUGAAGGCAAUUGGAGCACAAAACCUUUUGACAAUGCCUGGAGGAGUGACCAAAUCGGGCUAUCUUCAUAAAAAGGGAGGCACUCAGCUGCAGAUCUUGAAGUGGCCACUGAGAUUUGUGAUUAUCCAUGAGGGAUGUAUUUACUACUUUAAGACCAGCACGUCUGCAUCUCCACAGGGUGCAUUUUCUUUGAAUGGUUACAACAGGGUUAUGCGGGCAGCUGAAGAGACGACAUCAAGCAACGUGUUUCCUUUCAAGUUGGUUCACAUUAGCAAGAAGCACAGGACGUGGUUUUUUUCUGCUUCUUCUGAAGAUGAAAGAAAGAAUUGGAUGCUAUCCCUGAGGAAGGAAAUUGAUCACUACCAUGAUAAGAAAGAAACAAUAACAGAACUCAGUGACUCUGGUUCUGAUGCAGACAGUUUCUAUGGCUCAGUAGAACGUCCCAUUGAUAUCAAGUAUUCUCAUCAUUCAGCAGAUAAUGAAGAUUAUGACCAGGAGGAAGACGAUGAAUCCUACUUGCAACCAGAUACUUCUGACAUAGUGAAAGAUGAUAUCAUGGUCCUGCCCCCAGCCUACCCACCUCCACCAGUUCCUCAUGUCAGAAAAACUGCCUACUCGGAGUCAAGGUCGCAUUCCUUUUGUGGAAAAACUUCUGGGUCAGUACCACCGCCACCACCUCCUAAAAGGAGCUUACCUGAGAUCAAAACAGAGGAUUUCUUCAGUGUGAGGGAGCCCCAGUUACCGAGCAGAGCUGAACCUAAUCUAAAGAUUCAGUCCUCCAGCCGGAGACCAAGUGAACAGCCGCCUCCUAUACCCCCUUUACCGCUUUUCAAAAAGCCUUUUUGUGUCAAAGACCCUUGCUCAUUGCCUCCGGAACCUAUGCCUCUAUCUCAAGUUCUCACUACUCCAGAAGGAUGCGAGAAGCUAAAAAGCUUAAACCUUUCACCACGAACUCCUCCUCCACUGCCAAGCAAUAAACCCAAGUUGUCCCAGAUGACUGAAAAAACAGUAGAAACCAAAGUGCCAAGAGAACAUGGUAAACCGGGACUGUUUGUGCCUCCAGUGCUUCCAAAACCGCCUGUGCCGGGCCACCAGCAUCCUGUACUUAAACCUAGACCAGAGAAGCCUUCAUGUCCCCAGUUACAGAGAUCACCACCAGAUGGGCAGAGUUUUAGAAGCUUCUCAUUUGAAAAACCAGCGCUGCCCUCCAAGCCAAAUCAAGCGAAUGAUGAUUCUGAUGAUGACUAUGAAAAAGUUGAGCUGCCUACGUCAGUAUUUCUUAAUACCUCUGAAUCCUUAGAAGUUGAAAGGAUAUUUAAAGCUACCAGCCCAAAGGGACAGCCACAAAAUGGAUUAUACUGUAUUAGGAACUCAUCUACUAAGACUGGAAAGGUAUUAGUUGUGUGGGAUCAAUCUGCAGAGAAAGUGAGAAACUACAGAAUAUUUGAAAAGGAUUGUAAGUUCUACCUGGAUGCAGACGUCAUGUUUCUGAACAUGGGGAGUUUGGUUGAAUACUACAGCACUCAUGUCCUACCUAGUCAUGGCAGCCUGAUUCUUCGGUGUCCUUAUGGUUACUCUAAGCCCAGGUGACAUGGCCAGCAUAAUUCACUGAUACUGAGGAAAAAUGGGUUCCCCGUUGUCCUGGAAUUAAAUGUGGACUUGCGCCACUGUUGGAUUUCCUGUAGUUUGCACACAGAAACUGAGUUUAUUUCAACCGUUUGCUCUCAUGUGAACUAUGCCUCCACUUAAUGAACUCUUGGUAAAACUUUACAACCCGGAUCAGUGGAUUUUGAGCCUUUCUUUCCGAAAGAUCUGAACGGACUAUUCCGUGAAGGCCAUCUGCAACACCUGCACCUUUACAUGAAACUGCUGCUAUUACUAAUCUCCUCGGAAUGUGGAGGAGAACAAUGUCCACAUGAACAAAGAAGUGUUGUGAAUACAGACAGUAUGGAAGAGGGAAACUUGUGAAAGUACAUCAGAACUCAUUUGUGACAGGGAAUACUAAUAUUCUGACUUGAAGGUUAUUGCUCCUUAAGUCAGGACUGGUGCUGAACUUGUAGUUCUUGCAUAGUUGAUGUGUAAAUAAUGAAGUCUUUUGUGCAAAUAAUUUGGUUUACUACAGGUAAAGAUGAUUGGGAAACGCGGCAUUUUCUAAGCCACUUGAUACGUAAAUGUGAUUUGUGAUUACAGUGUCUGCAGUAAUCAGUGCUGGGAUACUGUCCAGCUGAUGGGGUUAUGGCAUCAUAUGUAUUACUUAGGAACACUUCGGGUAGGACUAGGAUAAUGCUGGUUUGGUUUUAAUGGGAGUCCCAUUCCUUAGUUCUGAACCAGAAGGUUUUUUAAAACACAAGAGAAAGCUGCAAUUAUUGUGAUGUUACAACUGUUCCGUAAAAUGUUGCGGUCACUUUGUGAGGAUCAGGUUGUCAGCCAGUUGCAUUCUCUUCUGUUGUAGUGCAAAGCAUCCUGCUCUAGUCUACUUUUUGUAGAUCUCUACUAAUUUUUUCAUUAUUAAAAUCUCUACUAACUCAAAAUAAAUGCAAUGCAAACAAGAUAAAAUCAGUUUUUAACGUACUAUCAGCACUAUCAAUGACAGGUGUUUGCAGGGUGCUUGUUUGUUCCCUCAUAUUGUGGGGACAAGUAUUCUAAACACAGGGGCUUGUUAGCUCUGAAAUUGCCCUACUCAUGAAGUUUAAUAAAGAGAAAGCUAUUUUAAUGACCUGCUACAAUAAGUUGGUUAAUUCAAAAGUACUGUCAAAAUGAUCUUAUCUUUAAUAAUGUUGAUGAGACUUAAUAAAAAAAAAAUAAUUUGCUGUAACUCUUGAAACAGGAGAAGUUAUCUGGUUUCUGUCAGUUUGAACUCGUAAAUUCCACUUUUCUGCUACCUUUACAAAGGUUAUAUGUCAGAUUUAAUUUUAUUGUAAUGAAAUGGGCACAGCUUUAAAAACAUUAAAAUGUUACAGAAUAAUAAUUUCGUUUUAUGAAAACAAAAAAAAAAUAGGAUUUAGUCCCUACGGGAUUUUUCUUAAUAAGCUGUAAUAAUAGGACUUCACAUAGAGACAGAAGUUCUUGCCUUAUGUCCUUUAUUUUGUCCAAGUCCAACAUGCACAGUAUCAGUCAUUUGCUUUCUGUUCCCACUAUGAUACAUUUUUUUUUGUGAGCGUAAAUUAAAGAAUAUGCAGUACUUAAAUUUCAGAUGCAGUUGAAUAUUGGCUAUAUCAAAUUUGUAAUUCCUUUUAUUUUCAAUCAGUGUCCCCGUGGUUCACUGAUCUAAUGUGAUCCGCUUGGCCAAGAAAGCUGAGCCAACAAAGCACUUUUAUAAAAAUGCUGGCUUUUUUAGACGUGUGUAUCUGGAUUUUAGGCAAGUUGUAGUUUUUUACAGUAUUUAUACGUACUGUUUACUGAGUAAAUUUCUCUCUAUCUAGGAAUAACUGACUUCAUUGCACCAUGACAGUCAUACUUCGGAUAUGCUAUCUUUGGGGUCAGAUUCAGGUAUUUUUUACUUUAAUGUUUGCAAUUAUACUCUCAAGAUUUUUGAACUGUAAGAAUACUUACGUAAUCCAAUCCAUAUAAAACAUAACACUGUCUUUACCUGUAUCAUAGAAGAUUUGCAAAUGUAUAAAUGUUAAUGUUAAUUUUCUUUUUUAUACAAAUGUAUAUAUUUCUGAAGUGGAUAAACUUCCAAUGCCAACUCACCUA